AUGCACCGAAGAGCGUUCCUGGCGCCCAUGAGGCUGUUUCUGCAGCAUAAUGGGUCGUGGUACCGCUGCCAAUGCACGUGGAGCGCCCUGAAGGCUCCACUGCGGCCUGUUGCAUUGACACAAUUGCCACAGUGUGCAAAGAGCAGAGGGCACACCGCCACAUUCGCGACGAUUGGCCAAGGUGGUGGGAAGGCCAAGGUGGAGUAUGUCUGCACAGAAUGUGGGGAGAAGUACAUAAAAUGGACGGGAAAGUGCCGCGCCUGUGGAAGUUGGGACACGCUUGACAAGAAGACGACUGUUACGAUGCCCAAGGGAGGCGGCGGUGGCGCAGGUGCACUGGCAGUCGUCGGACUGCCGGGCUUGGACGGCCCCGCAGCCAUGGGCGUUGCAGAUGCAUCGGGGCCCCAGGUGGCAAACAGCUGGCAUCUGCCUCAACGAAGUGAAUGGCUGCAGGGCAGCAGCAGUGCUGUUUCGCUAAAGAACAUUGGGGAGGAGCAGACUUCAGCCACCUGGCGCCUGCCUUUGCAUGGGGACACUGGAGAGGAGGUGGCUCGUGUACUUGGGGGAGGGGUUGUGCCUGGUUCCUUGAUAUUGGUUGGAGGAGACCCAGGAAUCGGCAAAAGCACUCUUCUCCUUCAGGUUGCUGCGAUGCUGGCCAAGUCUGGGAGCGAUUCGGACAGUAAUGGCACAGCGGACGGUCAGAAAACAGGGAAAGGGGCAGCAACUGGCCGUGUGCUGUAUGUCUCAG